AUGGCUGUGUGUGUCGCAGUUAUCGGCAAAGAUAAUUCUCCGUUAUACAUUGGCGGCGUUGGCAAUGAUACCAGUACAGACAACGAGCUGUCGCGUCAAUGGCUCGUACAUACAGCUUUAGAUGCAUUAGAGGAGAGGCUGGCAACGAGUAAUUCCAACACCACGAACUCUAAUACAAAUAACACGCGAACGGAUUUACGUGAUCUGUACUUGGGCCUAUUGUAUUCAACUGACACACAUAAAAUUUAUGGUUAUGUAACAAAUACUCGUAUUAAACUAGUGUUGGUUACGAGUUCUACAUCACCUAGCGGUAGCAACAUCCGCGAUGCGGAAGUCAGGACUGCGCUACGUCGCCUGCAUGCACUGUACGCCGAUGCUAUCUGCAACCCAUUCCAUUUACCGGGAGAUCAGAUUACUUCAUCAAAAUUCGACAAACAAGUGAAGAAUUUAAUGUUAAACAAUGUAUAA